GCACUGACGUGUGGGAGGAAACGUCUCACAGAGCAGAAGGUCUCCGGCUCAGGUGUGUUUUCUACCUGUAUGAUCUCUGCUCGGUUCUGUUCAGGUGGACUUUUAAAAUGAUGCGCUUCCUGUUGCUGUUCAGUCGGCAGGGGAAGCUGCGCCUACAGAAGUGGUUCACGCCGUUAUCAGACAGGGAGAAGAAGAAAGUGAUUCGGGACAUGAUGAUGUUGGUGUUGGCCCGUCCACCUCGCACCUCCAACUUCCUCCAGUGGAGGGACCUGAAGAUCGUUUACAAGAGGUAUGCCAGCCUGUAUUUCUGCACUGGUCUGGAGAACCAGGAUAAUGAACUGCUCGCUCUGGAAGUGCUGCACAGAUACGUGGAGCUGCUGGACAAAUACUUUGGUAAUGUGUGUGAGCUGGACAUCAUUUUCAACUUUGAGAAAGCCUACUUCAUCCUGGAUGAGUUCCUGAUGGGUGGAGAGAUCUUAGAAACCUCCAAACUAGCAGUGGGUGUGUGCAUGGAGGAGUCCGACACCCUGCAGGAGACGAUGGAAGAAUACAUGAGCAAACCUGCAUACUGAGCAUGAUCCACGUUUCGAGAGUCAGAGCCAUUGUGAGACCUCAUUUUUUAUAAUCUCAGGGUUUUAAGAGAAGAAGACAAGACUGUUGAGAUUUGUUCUCGACAGAUGUAUUUUGUGAUUAAAUGAAGGAACACUACACAGUAAGGAAAAAUAAAGUCAAUGCUUUAUUCAUUUCAGGUAUGUCACAAAUGAGCACAUUUAAGAAAGAGCUACCAAAAAACACGAGUGUGAGGGUCCAACACCAACAUU